GCGCUGGCCCAGGUGCUGGCGGCUGAGUGCUCGCGAGCGCUCAACAUCGCAGCGGUGGUCUGGGGCCUAUCGCGGCCAGCGCCGCCCUGCCCGGACUGCUACUGCACGCCUCAGCUGGUCUGCGGCCCAGGAGAGGCGGCGAAGGAGGUGGUGCGUGAGGAGUGUGCCUGUUCGUUCCCGUGGGUGGUGCUGAUCGUGGCGGCCAUUUUGGCCUGGAGCGUGGGCUACCUCUUCGGCUCUCAGCGCAGGGGCCUGCCUGUCAAGCCGUCAGAGCGCAAGUGCUUGCCCGUCGCCUUGCUCGAGGACAUCGCUCGUGAUCAGGAGGGCGAUGUGACUGCCGUGCGCUUCUGCGCUCCUGGACCUCGGAUAUGGCACGAGCGCGUUAUCCUGCUGCUCCCGCCUGGAGCCUUGCCCGUUGUCAGUAUAUUGACGCCUGACAACGAUCAGUGCGAGAAGGACCUGCCAGCGGGCGGCGACAUCUUGGAGUUCGCGUUUCGGAAUGUGCCGCUCCCAGCCGCGCUCCAGGGGUUGCGAGAUGCCGCCGCCAACCGCCUCCGCCUGCCUCUGAGGGCGGGGUUCUCGAUGAACACGGUGGGCCGCCCUGGGUUCGCUGGCAUGGCUGCCGCUGGUGCUGGAGUACCUGGACUCGCUCCUGUCGGAGCUGCAGGCGGCGUGGCCGGCCUGGCCGCCGCGUUGGCAGGACCUGAGCCCGCGGCGCCUGGUGGUGCGCUUGCGGCCGGCGGUGGAGCAGGCGGCGCGGCCGCGGGCCUUGCGCGGGGCGGCAGGUUCGUCCCCUUGGCAGCGCUUGCCAUUGGCGCAGCCGCCGCCAUAGGGCCGGCGGGGGGGGGUCUGGUGCCGCCGCCGGCCUUUGCGGGCGCGCCCGCCGCAGGCGCCGUGCCGGCCCUGGCCCCCGCGGGCGCCGCGGGCCACGUGGCCCUCGCGGGCGCCCGCGCCGCCGCUGCCGCGCCUGCUGCGCACGCGGCCGCGGCGGCCGCGGCGGCCCUGGCUUUCGGCGCCGCCCCUGCUCCCGUGGCGCCUCGCCGUCCUGCCGACGUUUGCGUCCAGCCCGUGGCCCUCGACACAAUGCGCAACCGACGCCGGGUCUUCAGGGAUGCCUCCCUCUUGAUGCGCAAGGACGCCUGGCCCGACUGGCCGAUCCGGGACCCGCGGACUGUCAUGUGGGCUUUGCGGUUCAUAGAGCAG